AUGGGUGGAAAUGGAAAGAUCGUGGAUCGCAUCAGCACCAACCUCGUCAGCAUCUGCUUCUCCAAAGACAAGGCGCAGCGGGUGGACGACGGUGUGGCGCGCAGCCUGGCGGAGAGCAUCGAGGCGGAGGCGUUCGCGGCGACGCAGGCGCGCGCGCAGGAGGGGGGCGCGGCGGUGAAGGGCAGCGCGCUGGUGAUGAUGUACGCGCGGCACGCGAGCGAGCUCAUGGUGGACGCCUUCAAGAAGGCGCGCAGCACGGGGGGAGCUGCGGAGGAGGUGGUUGAGGAGUUUGACAUCUCUGGUGGAAAGAGGGAGGCCUUGAGCAAGGAAGCAGCGGAGAAGCUUCUUGCUCCUCUGCUGAAGCCCAAGAAUGGCUGCAAAAAGGUGAAGCUCAGCAGCAAGGCGUUCACGCUGGAGGCUGCUGAGGUGGCGCACCAGGCGCUGACCAAUGCGCGGGACACGCUGACUCAUGCUGACCUCAGCGACAUCAUCGCCAGCCUUCCCGAGGAGGAGGCACUCCAGGUGAUCACGAGGGUGACAUCGGCUCUGGAAGGCUGCAAGCUCGAGUGGCUCAACCUCUCAGACAACGCCUUUGGCGAGAAGGGAGUUAGAGCUGCUGCUGUUGCGCUCACCUCUCAGCCAUCCCUGCGCGAGCUCUACUUCUGCAACAACGGCAUCUCCAAGGAGGCAGCGGCGGCCAUCAGGGAGCUUCUGCCCGCGCAGGCGGUGGCGUCACUCGAGACGCUGCACUUCUUCAACAACAUGUCGGGUGAUCCCGGUGCGGCCAUUCUGGCAGACGUGGUGAGGGAGGCGAGGGGCCUCAAGGACUUUCGAUUCGCGUCCACUCGUGUGGGGACAGAUGGCGCCAGGGCAUUGGCUGAUGCCAUCGCUGCCAACUCGAGCCUGGAGCGCCUGGAUCUGAGAGACAACAUGUUUGGCCCUGAAGGGGGUGCUGCGCUGGCGUCGGCCCUGCAGCACCACCCCAACCUGAAGCAGCUCAUGCUGGGGGACACCGCGCUGGGCGACGAUGGGGUGGCGGAGCUCUUGGGCAGCCUCGCGCAGUCAAACCCGCAGCUCGAGGAGCUGGAGCUGGGCGGCAAUGAGCUGUCAGAGGAGGGAGCGGGGCGCGUGGCGGAGAGUCUGAAGCCGCUGGGUGCACUGAGGAAGCUGGUGCUGUGCGACAAUGAGCUGGGCGAUGCUGGUGUAGAAACGCUCGUGGCCAUCAUUCCUGACCACCUGCGAUCUCUUGAAGAGCUGGAUCUUUCCACCAAUGAUUUCGGCCGGAAGGGUGCAGAAGCUGCUGCUCGGGCAGUGAAAGAUUUGGAGUCUUUCAAGCUCCUAACCAUCAACGGCAACCACAUCUCUGCUGAUGGAAUCCGGGCAGUUAAAGAGAUUCUGGGUGUUCCGAUUGUGGAUGGGGAGGAGGCAGAUGGUGGCAAAGGUGUUUUGGGACCGUUGGAUGAGAACGAUGAGGAGGGGGAAGAGGAUGAGGAUUAG